AUGAGAAUUGAGGUUGUUGAGAUUCUAUUAAAUAAUAAAGCUUAUACUAAUGCCAAAUCUAAGGAGAAUGAUACACCAUUACACUACUUAGCAUACUACGGUCACAAGGAUAAUGUUGAGACUCUACUGAAAAACAAAGCCGAUGUUAAUGCUCUAGAUAAGAAGAAUCAGACACCAUUACACAAAGCAGCACAAAAUGAUGAGGAUAAUUGGAUACCAUUACACCAUGCAGCAGAAAACGGUCACAAAGAGAUUGUUGAAGCCUUAUUAAAAAAAGGAGCAAUAGUUGACGCUCAAAAUAUGGGCAAUAGGACACCAUUACACAUAGCAACAUUCUAUGGUCACAAAGAUUAUUUUGAGACCUUAUUAAACAACAAAGUCAAUGUUGAUUCUCAAGAUAAGAACAAUAAGACACCAUUACAUUAUGCAGUAUUCCUAGGUAACAAGGAUGUUGUUUGGACUUUAUUAAACAAUAAAGCUGAUGUUAGUGCUUCAUAUAAGAACGAUUGGACAGCAUUACAUAUAGCAGCAGAAUAUGGUCGCAAAGAGAUUGUGCAAAUUUUAUUAGAUAAAGAAGCCAUAGGUAAUGCUCGAGAUAAUAAAGAUAGGACACCGUUGCACUUAGUAACACAUAAUGGUUACAAGGAGGUACUUGAGAUUUUAUUAAAUAAUAAAGCUAAUAAUAAUGCCAGAACUAAGGACAAUAAUACACCAUUACACUACGCAGCAUACUAUGGUCACAAGGAUAAUGUUCAGACUCUACUAAAAAACAAAGCCGAUGUUAAUGCUCUAGAUAAAAUGAAUCGGACACCAUUACACAAGGCAGCACAUAAUGGUCACAAGGAUGUUGUUAAGAAUCUAUUGCACAACAACGCCGAUAUUAAUGCUAUAGAUAAGGAUAAUUGGAUACCAUUACACCAUGCAGCAAAAAACUGUAACAAAGAGAUUGUUGAAGCUUUAAUAAAUAAAGGAGCAAUAGUUGAUCAUUCGGAUGAUUGGACACCAUUACACAUAGCAGCAGAAAUUGGUCGCAAACAGGUAAUUGAAAUACUGUUAAACCACGACCCUGAAGCCAAUAUUAAUGCUCUUACUAAAGAGAAGUGGGCACCUUUACACCGUGCAGCAUUGAAUGGUCAUAAGGAAAUUGUGCAAAUUUUAUUAGAUAAAAGUGCCAUAGUUAAUGCUCGAGAUAAUGAAGAUAGGACACCUUUGCACUCAGUAACACUAAACGGUUACAAUCAGGUUGUUGAGAUUCUAUUAAAUAAUAAAGCUGAUAUUAAUGCCAGAACUAAAGGGAAUAAUACAACAUUUCACUACGCAGCAAACUAUGGUCACAAGGAUAAUGUUGAGACUCUACUAAAAAACAAAGCCAAUGUUAAUGCUCUAGAUGAGGAGAAUCGGAAACCAUUACACAAGGCAGCACAAAAUGGUCACAUGGAUGUUGUUGAGACUCUAUUACACAACAAAGCCAAUAUUAAUACUCUAGAUAAGGAGAAAUGGAUGUUGUUGAUGUUUUUGCGAAUCUUAAUUUUCAAAGAGAAACAUGUUGAUGCAUCUAGUUCUAAAUACAGGGGUGCGAGAUGUUUUUAUAAUAAAAAUCAGAUUAGGAAGGCUAAAAAUUUACUGAAAGAGUUAGAAACACUACGAAAUGAAGUUUUAGGAGAGGAACUUUCGAAAGCAAUGAAGUCUAAAUUCUGGAUUGCCAAAUGUUUGCAUGAAAACAAACCUUUUGUCGAAAACGGAAAGUUUAUAAGGGAAAUAGAAAUCAUUCAAAAUAAAAUUAUAGGUGAGAAACAUCUAGAUACAAUAAACACUAAAUACUGGAUUUCAAGAUGCUUAUAUGAAAAAUAUCAGUUUGAUGAUGCAAAUAUCUGUGAUGAGUGUGAAAAAAUAAAUAUGUGUGAAAAAUUAGUAGGUAAGGUACGAGAUAGUUACCAAAUUUUACUUAAUUCCGUAAACAAUGCUAUAGAUAGCGUAAAGUAUGAUGAUAAGUCUGAAUCUUUUAAAAGUUUUGUUAAAUCUUUUAAAGUUAUUACUGAUAAUAAGGGUCUAGCAGAUAAGUUAUAUAGAAUUAUUGACAACAUUUUUAAAGAAAAUACUGAACAAAAGGAUAGGAUUUGUUUGCGAAAAAAGAUUGUUAAAACUUUAUUGGAUAAAGAAGCCAUAGUUGAUACUCUCAAUAAGGGUGAUGGGACACCGUUAUACGUAGCAACAUUCUAUGGUCACAAAGAUAUUAUUGAGACCUUAUUAAACAACAAAGCCGAAACUAAUGCUUUAGUUAAGGAGAAUUGGACACCAUUACACAUAUCAGCAGGAAAUGAUCACAAGGAUGUUGUUGAGACUCUAUUACACAACAACACCGGGGUGGAUACUAGAACUUAUAAGAAUAAUACACCAUUAUACUAUGCAGCAUUCAACGGUCUCAAGGAAAUUGUUGAGACCUUAUUAAACAACAAAGCCGAUAUUAAUGCUUUAGAUAAGAAGAAUUGUACACUAUUACACAUGGCAGCACAAAAUGGUCACAAGGAUGUUGUUGAGACUCUAUUGCACAACAACGCCGAUAUUAAUGCUUUAUAUGAGAAGAAUCGGACAUCGUUACACUAUGCAGCAUUUAACGGAGCCAUAGAUGAUGUUCAAGAUAAUGAAGAUAGGACACAUUUGCACUUAGUAACACAAAACGGUUACAUGGAGGUGGUUGAGAUUCUAACAAAUAAUAAAGCUGAUAUUAAUGCUGGAACUAUGGAGAAUAAUACACCAUUACAUUAUGCAGCAUUCCAAGGUAACAAGAAUGUUGUUGAGACUCUAUUAAAACACAAAGCUAGUGCUAAUGUUCUAAAUAAGUAUAAAAAAACACCUUCACUAAGCGGCUGUUCAAGGUUUUUUGAUAUCGUUCAAUUGUUGAUAGAUAAAAAUGCUAAUACUUGUGCUCAAGAAAAGGAUGGCAAAACAGCUUUGCACAUUGCUACCCAGUGUAAUAGGUUAGAUAUUUUCAACUUGUUGGAGUGUCAGUUACUUAAACAAAAAAACGUAGAAUCACAAGCUUUAGAAGCACAAAAUUAUCAUUAG